CAGACUACGAGACGUGCUCCGUGACGGCUGCAAUUUCCAGCGCAAAAUGCGGCGUGCCGUCUUUUUAAGAGAGAAAGCCCGAAGAUGAAACCAGUAAAGAAAUCUCCAGGCCCAGGGAACAGCAAAGUGUCGAGCUCCACCCGCAGUAAGAAACAGAAGAGAAAGGUGGAGGAAGGGAGGCAGGAGGAAGAAGAGCAGGAGGAGGAGGAGGCUGCAGAGGAAGAGACAUCUGAGGAGGUAGACGAAGGCUCAGGACAUCACUUGGCAUAUGUAGGGGCAAGGAGGAUGCAGGUGAAAGUUGAACCUGCAACAGCAGAGAUGGAAGGUGCCCGGGUACAAGAACAAGACCAGCCAGGAUGUAAUUCGCAGCAAAUGACGGAGGCUGAAACACAGGAAGAGAAACCUCAGAUAUGCAUUGAAACGUCCAACAAUGAGCAUGUGAUGAGUAAAGUAGUAUAUGAAUCGCCCCGCUGGGAGAUGCCUUUGAGUAGGAAAACUGCCACCUUUAAGUCUAAAGCUCCCAAGAGAAAAUAUGUGGAAGGCCAAGGCUCGCAAGAGGGACAAGAGGAUUCUUCUAGCAGCAAUGAUGGCACAUCUGCAUCACAGGAACGUAUUUCAGAGCAGUCUGUAGCCGCUCCCAUUGAAGCAGAAGACAUCCCUUCUGUGCGGUCCUCCUCUACAGAUACAGCCAGCGAGCAUUCUGCAGACUUGGAAGAAGAGUCGGAGAAAGUCCAAACUGAGCUAGAGACACCAGCAUUGUCCUGGCCUGAAAUUGACAUUAGCGGUCACCUGCAGCCCCAGAGAGUCCUGGCACGUAAGGACGAUGCCUUCUACCUUUGCCAAGUAAAACAAGUCCGUCGGAACCAUGAACUCGGAGUGUUGUUUCCAGGGACACAGACAAUCACAUUCCUGGACAUCAUGCAGGAACCGGUACUUCUGGAUCAGAUCCCAUCAGCAAAUCAAGUACACGUGGGAUCAGCAGUGUGUGCCUGUGUGGGACCCGACAAUACAACUUUCCGAGAGGGAACUGUAGUAGAAAUAGUUGAGAAUCCUUUGUCUUACAAGGUUUGCUUUCAACAGAGCCCAGGACGUAGGGAACGUGACUAUGGCUGGGUCCCUCACAACAGUAUUCGACUUAUCUGCUUCCCUUGGUGUAAAGAACCAGUUCUGGUAGUUCCACGAGCAGUAGAGGAGAAGCCACAACAGCCAAUGAGUAGAUUUCCAGCAGCCCAUACUUCAGAUCAGCAGUCAGGCGGCACGGUUGAGAUGCCAGCAUCUCCACGUGGGUUAGAACCAAAACACCUGGAGGAUGCUGAGGUCUCCAAGAUCAGUUUUAGCAUGCCAGUAAGUGAAGAGAAAUUGGCAUCUGUGCAACACUGUAUCCUUUCGCCUCCAAAGUCACCUGCCUAUGGAAUGAUAAUGGGGCGGUUGCCGGAGCAGCCAUCCCCGUUGCUUAGCCCAGAUGCCGGAAGUCGGAGCAGCUGUAGUAGUGUAUCUUUGGAUAAAUGCAGCACUCCAGGGUCCCGUUCUCGCACGCCGCUCACAGCAGCCCAGCAGAAGUACAAAAAGGGAGACGUAGUUUGCACCCCUAAUGGUAUUCGUAAGAAGUUUAAUGGAAAGCAGUGGAGAAGACUGUGUUCCCGGGACGGCUGCAUGAAAGAAUCUCAGAGGAGAGGCUACUGUUCCAGACAUUUGUCCAUGAGAACCAAGGAGAUGGAGAGCAUGUCGGAGGGCCGGGGUGGCCGAGAAGGGAGUGCAGAGUUUGAAUGGGAUGAUACAUCUCGGGACAGUGAAGUAAGCAGCAUACGCACAGACUCCCGUCCACGUCUCGUGGCCCCCACAGAUCUCUCACGCUUUGAUUUUGACGAGUGUGAAGCUGCCAACAUGUUGGUGUCUUUGGGCAGCUCUCGCUCUGGAACCCCAUCAUUCUCCCCGGUUUCCAAUCAGUCUCCUUUCUCCCCAACCCCAUCCCCCUCCCCUUCUCCACUUUUUGGCUUUAGGCCAGCUAACUUCAGCCCCAUCAAUGCUUCCCCUGUCAUUCAACGUGCUGCACGUAGUAGACAUGUAAGCGCAAGUACCCCCAAGGGACAAGCAGUGUUGACCCCUGAGAUGUUGCAUCACUCUCACCACCGAGAGAGACAGUCGGCAGGAAUCAUGCCCUCGUUCCAGACCAACCUUACCUUUACAGUGCCCAUGAGCCCAAGCAAGAGAAAACCAGAUUCCCACCAUGGCAGUGUCAGCUCUGCUGCCGACUUCCAGAAGAGCGACAGCUUGGACUCUGGGGUUGACUCUGUCUCCCAUACACCAACACCGUCUACUCCUGCCGGAUUCCGAUCUGUGUCACCUGCCACCAUUUUCUCCCGAUCCCAACAGGCUUCUCCAUCCCUGCUCCUGUCUCCUCCAGCUGGCCUUACCUCCGACCCUAGCCCUUCGGUCCGUAGAGUUCCUGCCGUACAGAGAGACUCUCCUGUUAUUGUGAGGAACCCAGAUGUCCCUCUUCCAUCAAAGUUUGUAGAAAAGCCAACAGAUGUAGGACCCCGUGGUAUUGGUGCAACAGGGGCUGGAACGGGCAGUCCUCGGCGUAUGGUUAAAGUCUGUUCCAAGGAACAUCCUUCUAAGACACAGCUGCAGAUACCAGUACCCAUCAAUGCCACCCAGAUACAGAAUGUGGCACGAUCCUUACCUUCUGGGCCAACAAGCACUGGAGAGUUGGCUACCUGCACAUCUUCAGGUCCUACAGAUCAUCUUCCAACCAUUUUUAGUGUGUCAUCACCAUUCCAGCCUGUGGCGUUCCAUCCAUCCCCUGCGGCCCUGCUCCCAGUGAUUGUGCCCAGCGACUACAGCAGCCAUCCUGCCCCUAAAAAGGAGAUCAUCAUGGGAAGGCCUGGCACAGUAUGGACGAACGUGGAGCCGAGGUCUGUGGCGGUCUUUCCUUGGCACUCUCUGGUUCCUUUUUUGGCACCAAGUCAGCCUGACUCUUCCGUCCAGCCCAGCGAGGGUCAGCAGCCUGUCAAUCACCCAGGGGCAGCCAACCAAGGCAAAGAACCCCCUGAAUCUGCAUCGGUGGCACACGAGCCUGUGCCCACGACAAGCAAUGAGGAUGAGCGUUGUGGAGUGGCUCGCGCUGAAACUGUGCCAUCCCUCCCCAACGAGGAGCCUCCCAGAAAGUCACAGCACCAAGAGGGCCCCCCACAGGUCGCUACAGGGGACCGCAGGGUGGAUAGCGAGACGGAAAGCGACCAUGAUGAUGCUUUCUUUUCUAUCGGGCCUUCUGAAUUGUCACUCCAAGUGAAUUGUGGGAAGCGCCGGACUCAGUCACUCAGCGCACUUCCGAAGGAAAGAGACUCGUCCUCUGAAAAGGAUGGACGCAGCCCUAACAAGCGGGAAAAAGAUCACAUACGGCGUCCCAUGAAUGCCUUCAUGAUUUUCAGCAAACGUCACCGCGCCCUGGUGCAUCAGCGCCAUCCGAAUCAGGACAAUCGCACAGUCAGCAAGAUCCUGGGCGAGUGGUGGUACGCCUUGGGGACCAAGGAGAAGCAAAAGUAUCAUGACUUGGCAUUUCAGGUGAAAGAAGCACACUUCAAGGCUCACCCCGACUGGAAAUGGUGUAAUAAAGACCGCAAGAAGUCCAGUUCAGACGUGAAGCAGGUGAUGCAGGGGCCCUGGGGGGUCCCCAAAGAGAUGAGGGAAAGGAGUAUGUCUGAGACUGGGACUGCGGCUGCCCCAGGAGCAUCCUCAGACAUUGCCCCUUCUGGACUGCUCCUGGAGUCUAAGCACGGGGCCCCCUCGUCUGUUCUGGCCUCAGGAGAGCGUUUGGUUCCCACUUCCAGCACCUCUGCGCAGGUCCCUCGUCCACGGGCAUUCUCCCAUAGCGCUGUGCAGAGCAUAGAGCACAGAGAUGACAGCCAGGCUCUGCAGGACCUCAAACAGAUGUGCUCAAGUCGUUCUCCAUAUUCCAACCAGAAGGCAGCGUAUGGCGGCCCAGAGCCUUCGUCGUUCCCAAUGCCCGCACACAGCGAGAACGCCGCAUGCCCCACCUCCCGAGCCUGUCCGCCUCUUUCUGGAUCCUACCGCACGCAACGCACAGCCAGCGAGGACAUGACCAGUGACGAGGAGAGGAUGGUCAUCUGUGAGGAGGAAGGAGAUGAUGACGUUAUUGAUGAUGGCUAUGGCUGUGCAGAUAUCGACUUGAAAUGUAAGGAACGGGUGACGGAUAGUGACAGCGAAGGAGCAUCUGGAGAUGAAGCAGAAGGCAAGGUGGCCCCACAAGGGGUCUUUUCCCCGGUCAUCCGUUCCUCCUCGCACUCUGGAAGUUUUCCACUUUCCUCUGAGGACUUUAAAUCAGAUAGACCUGUGAAUGUGGCUCAGUCGCCCAAGCCUAAUGACCAUCCACAAGCCGCCUUCCCCCGUGGGUACACUCCACUGCCCCCUGCCAAGCCUCCUCCUCGUACUCCUACCCAUCAUCAAGCUAAGAGACCUUCAGAAGUGCGUUUCACUAUGGUGGACCCUGCCACCAGCUUCAAGAGGAAACGCAGUGUGGAUGGCGCAGGGCAAAAGAUGGCGGGGGAUAGCAUGCCUUCUGUGAAUCAGUAUUGUGUUCCUUCAGUCAUCUCAUCCACUACAGCCCAAACCCUUGUUCUGCCCAGUCUGCCCUCACCACACCUCUCCAGCACAAUAUAUUCCCCAUCACUCAAACCCUACGAUGGGCAGAGAGGAACCACUGACAGUCGGCCUUAUGUCCCUGCAGUAGGAACUGUACUUGUUUCGGGGCCACAAGGAUUUGGAGUUUUACCUUCUGGCUUUAGGCAAGCUUCAACUGUGGUUACGAAUGUAGUAAAACCAGUUAGCAGCACACCAAUUCCUAUUGCAAGUAAACCAUUACCCGUUACCAGGAGCAGCAGUAGCAGUGAACUUUAUGACGGUCGUGUACCCGGUUCCCCGGUUGGCAUCGGGGUUGUGUACGCCCACGACAGGAAGCCGGUUCAACAGCUGACAUCUCCAGCUUCUCCCCACCCGCAGGGAAAACCCGCCGGAGGGCUCGUAACCAAUUUGCUGGUGGGGGCACCUAGCUAUGGACAGCCGGCGCCCACUUCUGGAAACGGAGCAGGUCCCGUUACCGCACUGCAGUUCAUUACUCAGAAUCCUACAGGCAGCGCCAACGGAGCAGUACCUCUGGGCAUACUUCAGCCGCAGCAGCUGCUUCCUGCUACAAGCAAACGGGGCAAUAUAACCCAAGUGCAGUACAUCUUGCCCACCAUUCCACAACAGCUGCCAGGAGGCAUCCACUUCACCCUUCCUUCUGCAAAUGCUAAAGUGAUCGCCGCCCCUCAAGCUGUUCCAAUUGUCCAGCCAGGCCCUGCUGCCAGCCCAUCAUUGGGCAUUGUGUCAGCAGCUGCCAGAGCCCAGUCGGUGUCUCCUGCCCCUUCUCCUGGGAGCUGCACCCAGCUCCUUUCUGGUCAAGGAAUCCUGUCUCCAGGUACUCCGGUUCAGGGCAAGAUGCUUGUUCCAGUGACCGCACCGCACCACGUGACUGUGCGGGCAGGCUCUACUACCACACAGCUGCCCCUUAUGACGUCCCCCUUCCCUGUUCAAAAUGGCGCACAGCCUGCGAACAAGAUUAUACAGAUCACUCCAAUGCCCAUGGUGCAACCGCAGGCUCAAAAGCAGAGUGCCUUAGUGCCCCCGGGCAGUGCAACACUCCAGAGUGCUCUCCCUGUCACCAUGACGACCGCAGCGGUUGUGGCAGCAGCGUCUCAGCCACAGAAAGUCAUUCUGCCAUCAUCUACAAGGAUCACAUAUGUGCCCUCAGGAGCAGGCAGCGCACUUCCCCUGGUGACCACCAGCUCACACUCCCAGACUGUAACAGCGGGCACUGCCCCUUGUGUCCAGCCUUCACUAGGGACUGGGUCCAUGGCACUUGGCUUCACCACCAUAAGUCCAAAUGGUCAGACCAUAGUCCAACCACUACUAGCAGGGCAGAGCCACAUCCUUGCCCCCGGGCAGGUCACCGUGUCGCCAGCUUCUACACCUCCUGUACCUGCCACCUGCUGCAGCCAAGUCUUAACUGCGAUAUACCCAACAGUCGGGUCUAGUACACUGACUAUGGCGGCUGGUUCUCCAGCUCAGAAUUUAGUGUACAGCGUGGCCAGUACAGGUACCGUGUCUGCUGCACCAACCACCAUCUUGACCAAAGCCAUCAGCACCCCUCUGACAAUCAGCGCCCCGCCUGCGUCAUCUACAGUGGGCUGUACAUCACACGUCACCAGUGUCACUGCCUCUUCCGUUACCUUCAGUUUGGUGACCCCCAAACCUCAGAGGAACCUUUCAAAGCCUCCUCAGAAAGUGAAGGCAACCAUCGCCAGUAUCCCCGUGGGGUCAUACGAGGCAACAUCGCCCUCACCAUGUGCGCGGAAUUCUUCCCGCUCUGCGCCGCUGCCACCUUGUGAAGAGACGCCUGAACCAAAGUACACAACAGAACCUCGAGGGGCAUCCAUAAGCCGGGACCCCGUCACCGAAACAUCAUCUAGUGCUUAUGCUGCCGCUCCGCCUCGGGAUUUGGCUCCGGGAAAGCCUAGGCUGACAGCCGCAGAUGAGCGCUCGUCACGAGACAUGUGGGCGAAGAACGCAACUGAGGACAAAGCGGUUGGAUCCCCGUUACACAGCGGAGUUGUCGGGCUGUCUGACAUCAAAAGGGAGCCGCCAUCUCCCACCAUCAAGAAGGAAUCUGUGUAUUCAACAGACUGGAAGGGCACAGUCCCAGAGAGCCGCUCGGAUCCUACACCCGCUCCACCGCCACCAUCUUCUCCUGUGGCACCACCCGCAUCCAGCAGUAUCGGCGGCUCUCCAGGAGAGGCCAGCAGGUCAUCAGGAGGACCACUGCCUGAAGCUCCUGAAAGAAAGGACGGACCAGUGAAAAAACCCAAACUGAGACCGCCACCCUUGAAGAAGACAUUUGAUUCUGUUGACAACAGGGUCUUGUCUGACGUGGACUUUGAAGAACGAUUUGCAGAGCUCCCGGAGUUCAAGCCGGAGGAGGUGCUGCCCUCGCCCACCCUUCAAUCUCUUGCCACCUCUCCUCGGGCGAUUCUGGGCUCCUACCGUAAGAAGCGCAAAAAUUCUACAGAUUUAGACUCUUCUACAGAGGAUCCCAUAUCUCCGAAGAGGAAAAUGAGGAGACGCUCCAGCUGCAGCUCCGAGCCCAACACCCCAAAGAGCGCCAAGUGUGAAGGAGACAUCUUUACCUUUGAUCGGACAGGCAGCGAGGCAGAAGACAUGCUGGCAGAGCUGGAGUAUGAGAAGGUCCCAUACUCGUCCUUACGUCGGACUUUGGAUCAGCGGCGGGCUCUGGUCAUGCAGCUUUUCCAGGAGCAUGGCUUCUUCCCAUCUUCCCAGGCCACCGCCGCCUUCCAGUCUCGCUACUCGGACAUCUUUCCCACAAAGGUUUGUCUCCAGCUGAAAAUCCGGGAGGUGCGACAGAAGAUCAUGCAGGCCGCCACGCCGACAGAACUUCACUCUUUCACCGAGCACUCUUCCCCCAGCACCUCCGACACCUCAGCACCUUCCGAAAUGCAGCCCCCCCAGGAUCACACGCUGCGGCCCGGCGAGCCCCCCGACGCAGCUUGGGAGUCAGGCCAGGAACCUCCUGACCCCUCCGGUGCCAGAUGAGUGGAGAAAGUCGGGGAGCCCCCUUUUUGUGCAUAGGCACCCAGUGAACUCCUGAGGGCGGAGGGACAACCUCAAUCGAGGAAUACCCAGGGGCCGACAAUGGAUCACUUACUCCCCUACCUGCAACCAGACUUUUGCCCCUCUUGCACAGACAAUCCACCCAUUCCUUGGCAGAAUGUACUCUGGAUGGGCAGCGCCGCCACCCCCUUGUGGGCAGAGACGUCCAGAUGUUGGCAGUGUGAUAGUAAUCCACACUGGAUUAAACACUGCAGUUCUGGGGUCUGGCUGCAAGUAGAAAUGGCUCAUGGACUUUUUUUUUUUUUUUUUUUUUUUAAAAACGGGG